AUGCAUCAGCGACUGCCUGAUGCAGAACCAUCUGAUUCAGCAACAUACUACUGUGCAGUUGUAGAUUAUUCAAACCUUGGAUUAGGAGCCUGCACAGUUUUAGUGCUUAAAGGCGGACUUUCUGUUCUCCAGCCUCCUGUAUCAGAUCCUGUUGAACUGGGAGGAGAUACAACUUUGCAGUGUUCAAUACUCACAGAUACGUCUGCAGGAGAACACAGUGUGUACUGGUUCAGACAUGGAUCAGGAGAAUCUCAUCCAGGAAUCAUUUACACUCAUGGAAACAGGAGUGAUGAGUGUAAGAGAAGCUCUGAGACUGAUUCUCCUACACAGAGCUGUGUCUAUAAACUCCCCAAGAGAAACCUCAGCCUCUCUGAUGCUGGAACUUACUACUGCGCUGUGCUCAUGUGUGGAGAGAUCAUCUUUGGGAACGGAACUAAACUGGAUUUUAUAGAGAAAGGUGUUUUGGACCCAACCGUUAUUGUUUUAGCGGCUUCAAAUAUCAUCUCCAUAGCUGUGGUUUUAUAUCUAUGCAGAAAAUUACACAACACUCAUCAUAAAGCUGCCGCUGAAGGUCACACAUUUCGAGCUGAAGACACCGACGUCUUGAACUAUGCAGCUCUAAGCUUUGCUCAGUCUUCCUCCUCAAGAAGAAGCAGAACAAAGAACAGCAGUGAUCAGCCUGUGUACGCACAGGUAAACACCCAUCAGUAGAAACAACAUCAGAGUUACAAUCAAAGCUGGA